CUCAAGAGCGUCUGGUACGGCGCAGAGGCGUUGGGGAAGGUCGUAGGUGCGAACAAGGAGAGGCCGUCCAGCACCGGGGGGUCAUCCUCCGCGGCGGUGGCCGAGGCGAUGGCCAAGAACGGGGGUAAGCUCGAGCGCGAACAGGUUGUCGCCUUACUCAAGGAGGACUACGACCAGUCGUACUUCGUCAGCGGCGUCGGUGAGCUCGCCGCCUACGAUCCGGACUGCGAGUUCGCCGAUCCUUUCGUCUCGUUCAAGGGCGUCGAUCGGUUCAAGCAGAACGUGGGCAACCUCGGGGGGAUGAUGCGGGACAUCGACCUCAAGAUCACCGGCUGGGACGAGCGCGCGGACGAACUCGAGACGUCCUGGAGGUUCUCCUGCGUCCUCGACCUCCCGUGGCGUCCGAAGCUGGCCGCGGCGGGCGGCACCACGCACGUCUUUGACCCAGCCACCGGCAAAGUGAUAAGGCACGUCGAGCGCUGGGACGUGCGACCGGGCGUGGUGGUGAAGCAGCUCCUGCUGCCGUCG